AACUUAAGUGAGCGUGGCUACGUGAAGCGCAUGGCAGCAGACACGUUCUCAGCGCAGAAGAGGGGCACGGCGGGCAAGUCGGGCGGCAAGCUUAAGGCAGAUGAUGCCAUGGCGCGCUUUGUGGUGUGCCGCACUCAUGACACAGUGCUGUUUUUUAGUGACCGGGGAGUGGCAUACACCAUGAAGGGUUAUCAGAUCCCCGAGGGCUCUCGCACUGCCAUAGGCUCUCCCAUCUCCCAGAUCGUGCCUCUGCAGGACUCAGAGCGCAUCACCUCAAUGCUGCCAGUGGGAGACUUCUCAGAAGACGCUUAUCUCGUCAUGAUGACACGAGGGGGCUUCAUCAAGCGCACUGCGCUGCAUGCCUUCAGCGACACUCGCAAGAGCGGACUUAUCGCCAUUCAGCUGGGCGACGGCGAUGAGCUGGCGUGGGUGCGGAGAGCGACAGAUGGCGACUCCCUAUUGGUCGGCUCGCAGUUUGGCAACAUCGUUCGCUUUGCAUGCGACGAUGACCAGCUGAGGCAGAGCGGGCGCACAGCGAGGGGAGUGAGGGCCAUGCGGCUGAAGGAGGGGGACAUCGUCGCUGCCUUGGAGAUCGUGCCAGCUGUCGCAUCCGAGUCGAAAGACGGGGGCCCGUGGGUAGUCAUGGCCACUCGCAAUGGGAUGGGCAAGCGUGUUCCCACGAGCCUGUUUGCCAACCAGAAAAGGGGAGGCGUGGGAGUGAAGGGCAUCAAGGUGAGCGUGUGGGGUGAAUUGCGUGUGGGAGCAUGUGAUGGGAUGGGCAAGCGUGUUCCCACGAGCCAUUUGCCAACCAGAAAAGGGGAGGCGUGGGAGUGA